AUGGCACCUGCCACGGACCCAACAUCCUUCCUCAGGUCAUGUUUGCAGAACGAGAAGAAGCUCAUCACCUACCGCCUACUCAGCCGCGAGCUGCGUAUUCACGUCGAUGAAGCAAAGCAGGCGCUCGCUGCAUUCUUCGAUUCGCACAAGGACAAGUCCCAACUCGACGCUACCUACAUCCUGAUCGGCAGGUCGGCAUUCAGAGAAACUCAGCCCGACGCCGAUAAGAUAGCGAGAGACAAGGAUGAACAAUCAGAAGGCGACAAGCUGGUCGGACCUUCUUCGAUGUCGAGCUCUUCCACCGCACCUGCUCGUAGCUUCCUCGACUCGCGCGUUACACAGCGCCAAACCAAAGCCAAUGUCGAGCGCCAAGUUAUCCGUCUCGUUUCGGCAGCUGACUUGGAAAAAGCGCGUUCGUCGUUCGAGCAGAUCUCUUCAUGCCAUAUCUACUCAGUAUCGCCCGGCCGUCUUCUUGAUGCAGCUCAACUAACAGCCGUUCAGCACGACUUGCACACGCAGCAAAAGUAUGUAGACAGUUGGCAACAAACGCACCGUGGAGCACAGCUGGGUGUCAUUGUCAAUCCGAACAUCAAGGAUAACUAUGACCCAUCCAAAGGGAUCCCAAGUCUGGGCGCUCCCAGUGGGCCCGCCCUUCCUGUCUCUAAAGAUAGCAAAACCGCCAACAGCAGUAGCAGCAGCAGCAGCAGCAGCACAGUCACGUCUGCGCUGGGCACACGGCCUUUGUCGACAACGACGACAAUCGCGAAGGCGACCACAGCAGCAUCAUCCGCACCGGUAGGGGGCAGAAAGUCCGGUCUGGACUGGAGCAGAGCCAAGCCCAAAGGAUCCGACUCAAAGCCUGCUGCGGCCAAGAUCAAGGCGCAGAGCUCGAUUCAAAGCGUGCCAGAUCACAAAACAUUGUUAGGAAGCGAUGACGAGGACGAGGACGAUGAUGACGAUGAGGACGACGAUAAACCGGCAAAACUCGGUUAUGCGGAUGAAGACGAUCACAAUCAAGACGUUACCAAGGCCGAGCUGGUACGAGGUACGGCGCCUCAAGGAACAGGCAAGCGGGCCGAUGCGAGAUCACAGACCGAAGCGAAGGAAGCUGCGCAGCGCAAGGAGCUCGAAGCCAUGAUGGAUACCGAUGAUGAGGAUAAUGACGUGCAGAUCGUCGAGCCAAGCGGUGUGAGCACCAGUGGCAACAAUACUGGUCAAGGUAAAGAUUUGGACCCCGACGUCGACAUGGCUGAUUCUACCGUCACAGAUACCAUGGACGGCUCUGAAGCUGCUCCUACUGCGGCCAAACGACGCGUGCGCAAGAAACGCAAGAUCGGCACCAAGAAGCUGCGCAGCAAAGACGAGCGCGGAUACACGGUCACCAAAACGAUUGACGAGUACGAGUCCUAUUCUUCGGAUGAGUCGGAUACGCCUGUCGUGGCAGGCUCGAAGCGUACAAGUGGCGCGACCAAAAAGGAGGCACCGAACAAGCCGGCCGAAGCGAGAUCGACAUCAGCAUCUGCAUCGGCAAUUCCUGCUCCCAGUGCACCGACCAAACCUACAUCAGCCUCCAACAACUCAGGUCCACGCAAACCCUCAGGUGGCACUACGCCAGCACCGGCCAAGAAGGGACAGCAGAGUCUCAACAGCUUUUUCACUCGCAAGCCCAAAGGCAAGUGA